AUGCCCCUGGUCAUGUGCAACGACAGAAUCAUGGAGGUCUUGCAGCCCAGACACACGCCCCUCCUCAAGCAGCACUACCCGUCCACGAUCAUGAGGAGCAUCGAGGUCCCACGCAGGAGGUACAGGUGUUCUCGUGGCCCGAUCAGUCCCUACUCAACACUGACGGGCGAUCAUCCCCAAGGGCUCAAUUUGCGAGGCGCUGCUGUGCUUUUGUACGUGCCCGAGGCCGAAGCCGCCCCUGACUCCCGUGACGAUGCUCAAGUUCAGGGCCCACACAUGACCAUGGCCCUGCUCAUGAUGUCGUACCCCUUGAUUGAGUCCACAGACAAAAACGGCUCCACGUACGUCGACUUGCCGAAGGUCGAAGUCACCUGCGAGGGGGACACUAUGCUCCCUGAUGCUGUUGAUAAGCCCGAGGUGGUACGAGAUGCUGAACGAGAACCCAGCUGGGAUCCCGUCAUGCACAUAACCUGGCACGCACCUAUGCGCACGAUGAAGUUCUCGGACAAGCUCCUAAAGUACAGUAUGGUCCUAGGUGAGCUCAAGAUCACGGAUGUCUGCGUAUACAUGGAGCAGCUCAUGUCAUAA